AUGUCGAUGGUAAUGGAGUCAGAAACCUCGAUUCUCGACAAACUCGACGCCGCAGUCCCUGCACCCAUCGCCCAGUUCGAUGCCUUCCCAAAACUACCUUCGACUUACAAGGCCCGGUCUGAAUCUCGAGGAUUCAUGACCCUUCUCAUUGGACUAAUGGCCUGGUUACUCAUGCUCAACGACAUCGGAGAAUUCAUAUGGGGCUGGCCAGAAUAUCGGUUCAACGUCGAUAGUGACAAGGCGAGCUUCAUGGAUGUGAACGUGGAUCUCCUGGUGAAUAUGCCAUGUAAAUACAUGAGUGUCGAUCUGCGAGACGCAGUAGGGGAUAGGCUGUUCCUCAGUGGUGCCUUCCGUCGAGACGGCACACUGUUUGAUAUUGGACAAGCUACGACGCUGCAGGAGCAUACCACCGCGCUUUCAGCCCAACAAGCAGUCUCUCAGUCCCGUACUUCACGAGGGCUAUUCGACACUGUAUUGCGCCGCUCGUCCGGCGGAUUUCGCAAGACGUUCAACCACCAGGCGGAUGGCGGCGCGUGCCGCAUAUGGGGUUCAUUGUCAGUGAAGAAAGUGACUGCUAACCUGCAUAUUACCACCCUGGGACACGGGUACGCAAGUUAUGAGCAUGUCGAUCACAGCUUGAUGAAUUUAUCACAUAUCAUUACGGAGUUCUCGUUUGGACCGUUCUUCCCGGACAUCACGCAACCACUGGACAUGACAUAUGAGGUCACCCAUGAUCCUUUCGUUGCAUACCAAUACUUCUUGCACGUUGUUCCAACGACGUACAUUGCCCCGCGAACUGCCCCUCUCCACACAAACCAAUACAGCGUCACUCAUUAUACUCGUGUCCUGCAACAUAACGUCGGGACCCCCGGAAUAUUCUUCAAAUUUGAUUUGGAUCCUCUCGCAAUAACCAUCCAUCAAAAAACUACUACUUUCCUGCAGCUUAUCAUAAGAUGUGUAGGCGUAUUAGGCGGUGUAUUCGUCUGCAUGGGCUACGCGAUUCGUAUCACUACGCGCGCGGUUGAAGUAGUCUCCGGCGCUGAUCAAUCCCCCGGCCUUGUCGCGGCCGAGGCAUCCGGGGUAAAAGCGGGUUUGCGCAGCAAGUGGGGAGGCGCGCAGUUACGUGCGCGCAACACUAGCUUAGGCAAAGUCGUUAGACAGGGUAACGGAUGGACGGUGGAGGGCUCGCCGUACUCUUCCUACGCUGGGACGCCCAUGUCUGCAGCGUUUGGUUCGCCAAACGUUGCCGGUUCUCCGUACCUCAACUCCCCCGCCAUGACGGGGCCACCCAUGUCUCCCGCACCCCACAGUUCUGUUGGCUUAGGGUUCCCUUCGAGUUCGUACGGACCGCCGCCGUCGUCGCCAAUGUACCACACUGCCUCCCAGCCACCCAGAACGCCGGCCACGCCCGGUACCUUUGGCCCGCCCCCCGUCUCACGCUCGCCGAGCAACGGGUCCGCGCCAGGUCGUCUGGCUCCAACUCCGGUCAGCUCGUAUGGCUUCCCCUCAACGCCGAAUGCAACGAACGGCAACGGCAAUGGGUUCCCCCACCAUAAUGGCGGGCCAUCGCCCCCACCUCCGAAGGCAGGCCCGAAGAAAGAUGAUUAA